AUGAAGAUCUCCGCUGCUAUCCUCACCUCCUGCCUCGCCGCCAGUGCGACUGCCUUUGACAAAUGGCAGCCAUGGGGCAAGCGCGACUACUCCUGCUUGAACGUCUACCAGGGUAUCCCCGACUCCGCCACUCUGACUCCCGGCCAGACUGUGCACCUGCGCUUUAACCGCGAACCCACGAGCCACUGCGCCGACCCUCUGGCCAAGUACCCUGCCGACAAAUAUAGCAUCUUCCUGUAUAACAACCCCGUUCGCAACCGCGACGUCAUCGACUUCGACCAGUCGAUCAAGAUCGCUACUGGUGUUGACGGCUCCUCUGGUGCCAUUGAUGUCAAGAUCCCUGCCCACAUCCCCAAGGUUAAGGAUGGCGAUGUCUGGUAUCUGAGAGUCGGCACUGAACUGCCCACCGCUCCCCAGAUGCCUUCUUUAUUCCACGCUGCGGGGCCUUUCACCAUCCGUGCCUAG